AUGGCCCGGCCUUCCGACCAACAGGCAAAGCUGCCUGGCCUGUUUUUGCCCCUUCCCAGAGGGCAAGAACCCGAGUACAGCGACGCCGCCAAAUCGCGCAUCAAGGCCUCCGCGACGUUCUCAGGAAAGAAGGACGAGUUCCAUUCCUUCAUCCUGAGCAUAAAGAACAAAUUUGACGAAGACGUGCGAACCUUCCGGACUGAGAACAGCCGGAUGGUCUGUCUGUAUAACCUGCUCGAGGAAAAGCCCGCCGAGCACUUGAAACCCGCUUCUCCUCUGACACUCGACCCUUCUCUGGAGUGGCAGAGAUGA